AUGGUGUCAAUUUAUGACAAUUGGGUUUUGGAAAUGCAAAAACUUGUUGAAGUUAGGGAAAAGAAUGUUAAGUUUCUCGAAGAAUCACAACCUUUUGAUGACCAACGUUUACGUUCUUUAGACGCUACAUUAAAAAAAGUGACAGCAUUUACCAAAAAAUUAAAAAAUGUAUCGUCAACGACAAUUAGUCAAUUAUUACCAGAUUUGGAAAAAUUAAAUUUGAGGUAUUGUGUAGUCCCCCCCCCUCCUCCUAUAAGUGCCCUUUAUUUAUUUCCCUUUUUUCUCGUCCCCUUAUCAAUAUUGGCCCAAAUGUCAUGCCUUAAGAAAAGGAAGAGGAAAGAAAAAGGGGCGGUGUUUAUGGGGAGGGGCGGGGCUUAUGGCAGAGGGGGGGGGGGAAACUACACAAAUUCCAAUUUAAGUAAAUAUUUGGAUGAAAUUGCUUUUAACAUUUGUGAAGCAAAAAUUAAAAUUGCUGAUUUGACAAAUCUAGUUGAUUUUAUUGUCAAAAUUUCGUCAUUAUAUAAUCAAUUUUCAACGCAUUUAUUGAAUGAAUUUAAAAAGCAAAUGCCUUCAAAGAAGACGGAUAAAGUGGAGAAUCCGUCAAAAUUGAGAGUUGAUUUGAGAUUUUUCACAGAACUUUUACUUAAUGGAAUAUUUGGACGUGAAGGACUUCAAUUACUUGGGGCUGUUUUAGCUUUUUUGGUCAACACAGAUAAACAAGAACAUUUAAAUACAAGUGUGUUGAUGCCUUUUUGUAAGGCUCAUUUUUUUCCAAUUACUGGGAUUUUGCCGUAUUCUAUACAAAAGGAAAUUGGUGAAUUAGAAGAGAAGGGAAAAGAACAUGCUAAAUUAAUUUCAACGUUAUUUACUGCAGAGCAAAGAAGCAUUCUUUCAAAAACACUUGAUGAUUAUUGGCAAUCUUUGGUAGAACAUACAAAUAAAAAAUAUCUGGAAAUGAAUAAAUUGAAAAAGUCGAUAAGACGACAGGAGAGGACUAGAGGUGAUGCUUCCGCUGAUGACCGUCAACGUUUUGAACAAACCAAACAACAUUUUGAACGUCUCCAAACUUCUUUGGAAGAAUUAACCGAGUGUUUAGGCCAUCCACCUAUUCAACUCCCUCCAGAAGAAACUAGUGAAGAUGAAAGAGAGGCCGAUGCAGCUGUAAAUCGUUUAACUGAAGAAUUGAGUGAAGGAAGAAUUUUAAUUUGGCCUGAUCGUGAUACUCAAUUAUUUUAUGAAUCUUUAAUUGACGUGACUGCUUACACACCUACUAUUGCUGCACAGACGCCAGAUACGGGAAUUGAACAGCAACAGACUAAAGAGCAUAUUGUAACUGAAUCUAUUGAAAAUGUUGAUUUAAGCUGUUUGGAAGAAGUACAGCCUACAGAUGAGAUGGAAACAACUGCUGCUGCAACAUCAAAUUUACUGGAAGUUCCUGAGGAAGAGGAAAUUUCACAAUCAACAGAACUUAUAGAGGAGCAAGAAACAAUUUAUCAGCAACCACCAGACUCAACAACAAUUACCCCCACAACUACCAGCAACUUUUCUGAAUUACUUGGACGUCUCCCCCAAUCAAUAAACAAAGAAUUAAUUGAUUCAAUUUCAAUAGAUUUUUUAAAAAAUUAUUCCAGAAUUAAAAGUAAUCGAAAACGUUUAAUUCAACAUUUGCAACAACCGCCGGAAGGACGUUUAGAUUUGUUACCUUUUUAUGGGAGGUUUAUGGCUACAAUUAAACCUGCUUAUCCAGAAAUUACUACACAGGUAUUGCAUGAAUUGUUAGCUCGUUUCCGUUCAAUCACCACCCCAAAAAGUGUUAAAUUUCCAAAGAAGGCAGAAAUGCAGCAGGCACUUGCUCGAAUUGAAGCGAAGCUUCAACUAUGUUCUUACCUUUCUGAAUUGUGUAAAUUUGGAAUUCUUCCAAAAGCUGAAGCAUUAACAUGUUUACGUUCUUUAUUAGUACAUAUGCAUGUUUACAAAGUUGAUAUGCUUUGUAUUAUGAUUGAACAAAUGGGUUCAUUUUUAUAUCGUUCACCUGAUGCUCAUUCAAAAAUGGCUGUAAUAAUGCAAGUUUUGAAGGAUAAAUCGGCAAAUGUUAAAGAUCCAAGGCAUAAGAUUCUCCUCGAAAAUGCCUAUUUUGCUGUUAUUCCUCCAGAUGAUCUAACAAUUAGUUCAACAACAACAGCAGCUCGACAACCACCAAUGCAUGAAUUUAUUCUUCACAAGCUUUCAACAGACAUUAGAAUUGGUAUUUUUCGACGUAUAGAUUGGGAUGAUGAUGAGAUUAAAGAUUUCACCUUAAAAUUGCUUUCUUGUCCAUGGCGUGUUCAUUUUGCUGAUAUGGCUUCUAUGGCUUCCCUUGUUUCUGCACUUUCUGAUCAUCAUGAUUGGAUUGGUGUUUAUGUGUUAGACUCUGUUCUUGAAUUUUUGCGUCUUUCGUUAGAAUUAAAUGCUCCAGCAUUGCAACAACGUGCACUCACAACUGUUGCUUAUCUUGGACAAUUAUUUAAUUAUAAUGUUACAAAUACUGCUACUUUAUUUAAGGUUUUGUAUCAAUUAAUUUCUCUUGGUAUUCACCCAAUUAACUCUACUGUCUCCCCCGAUUUACCUCAACAAGAAGGAAACAAUGAAUCAUCAGGUCCAGAACAAUUAAUUAUUCGAUUACAACGAAUCCGACUUGUUACCCAAUUAGUGGAUACAGUCUGUGAAUUUUUCUGUGCUCCAAAAAGUAAAAGUACUAGAAGGAUGGAUCAAUUUUUGUUCUUCUUUUUAAAAUUUUACUAUGAAACACGUGAUGGUUGGUCUCUUUUUAUCGACGAAAUUGGUGAAUUCCCUGAUGAUGUUAUUCAAUUAGUUAUCGAAUUAUUGCGUACUUGGAGAAAAAAUGAAAAAUUUCCUGAAAACCUUAAUGAGGCGCAAAUGAAGGUAGCAGAGAUUGAAGCGACUUAUAAGGCAAAAGUUGAUGAAAUUUUGGCUGGAAUGCGUAAUGCUCUUGAAGCGGCGACUAGAGAUGAGGAAGGGCAAAGACGUCUUAAUAGAAUUAAUGAAGAAAACGAGGAGGAGGAAGAAGAUGAUUAUGAUAGUGAGGAGGAGGAGGAAGAUGAAGAGGACCAUUCUUUGGAUGGAGAAUUGGACCAUUCUUGUGAUAAUAAUGAAGAAGAUGCUGAACAUGAAGGGAGGCCCCAUUCAAAUCGAAAACAACACAAAAAGAAUAGUUUAAAUAAUAAUGAAGAACAACAAAAUAUUUCUUCAUUACAAACACAACAUUUAUUAGAAAAUCCUGAAAAAUCGCCAACUUGUUAUUUUGAUGGAGAUGAAUCUGAGCUUAGAAUACAUACACAACAAAAACAGUUACUUCCAGAAGAUGAAGAUUUUAUGAGAGAUUUUGAUAAAACCAUGAAUGAGUCUUUACAGUCAGCUCCAGUAAUGCUUCAAGGUCCUAUUAGCGAUUUGGUUGUUCCACCCCAAGCAAAACAAAAAUUUGAAAGGAAAUUGACUUUUGCAAUGUCAGAAACUCAUUCAGUUGAUAAAAGUUCUCCACAUGAUCUUUUGCCACCUGAAGAUAUUGGGGGAAAUAAUUAUUAUGGAAGGAGCUCUCAACAGCAACAUAGACAGAAAGCAUCUUCCCCCCAAUCUAGAAUGGCUUUAAUGCUUCGUGCUAACAAAGGUGUUGGUGGUAGUAGUGGUGGCGGUGGCGGCUUAGGAACAAGCGGUGGAGGAAUCGGAGCUAAAGGCAAUGUUUUGUUGAAAGCAGUAAAUAUAGAAGAUAUUGAUGAUAAUUUGGCGGAAAAAUGGCGAAUGGCACAGGAGGAACAAGAGAAAAAUAGAAGGGAAAUGAAAAAGGUAACUUUGGCUCUAAAUGAACGUAUGGCACAAGAAGCUGAUGAAGCAAACAGGCAAGAACAAAUUGCGGAAAUGGAAAAACGUUUUAUAUUUACUAGUGGGGGUGGGUCAACGACAACACCGACAUCAAAUUUUGUGGGAGGGAAUGAGUAAUUAAA